AUGAGUGAAGUGACUGGGGAUGACAGUGGUGGAGGCUGCGUGUCUUCCGUGGACUCCGGGGAAGAGAGACACUUACCACGCGACCACACGCCUUCGACUGAGGGUCUGUCGCCAGGUUCCUUUGUUUCGAGUGGCACUCCGGAACAAACGAAAUCGAAUUCUGUAGAGCUGAGUAGGGGCAUCACACCUUCACGUCUGUUUGCAGCAGAAGGAAGUCAUAGCUUACCGUUUUUCGGGACACCAGAAGACAAAGGGACGGCGGAUCACGCAACGGCAACCAUGCACACUACAACUUGUAAUGGGACCGCCGCAUCAGCCGGAGAUCCUCGCAACGGGCAUGCCGGUGCCCAAGAAGAUUCAUCAGAGGCUACAUACGAUGAUGUCCAAAAUGAGAAAAGAUGGCGAGGGUUCUCUAGACGCGAGGUCGUCACACUGAUUCUACAAUGUAUGGCGGAGCUAGGAUACCGCAACUCCGUGAAGGCUCUGGAGGAGGAGAGCGGAUUUCUUUUAGAGGACCCAUCGGUGGCGGUUCUGCACGAAGCGGUACUUCAGGGGAAUUGGACUGACGUGUACGUUCACCUGAAGGCGCUGCCUCUCAGGCCGCAGGUUCGCAAGGCCUGCUGGUUCCUUGCCAUGGAGCAGAAAUACUUUGAGACCCUUGCGAACUCACGCGAAGAGGAGGUCAUUCGAUGUCUCAGAGAUGAUCUUCAGCCGGCGGUGUUCGACUCAAGCACGUCUCGCCGGCUGCAGGCGUGCAGCGCCCUUUUGAUGCAUGCGGAUCCUGGGGGCGUGCUGGAGAAUAUGUCUGUUCUCUCGGACACGCUCCGUUCGAAUCUCUGGAUGCGCCUGAAGCAUCUGCUGCCCCCAACUGUCUCACCGCCGAGCAGCCGCCUUGCAGUCCUUCUCGCCUAUGCGCUCCAGCACCAAACGCUGAUGUGCCUGUUCCACAACACCAAUACGCCGCUCGAGUCGUACUCCCUCCUGCACGACCAUCACUGCCACCACUACGACCCAUGUUCUCUGUCCCUUCCUCUGUCUCGGCCGGAGCGUCUCCCCGCUCCGGGGACUUCGACUGAGAGCCAGUUGGGCAUGCAGGUGGACGGCGAUGCGGCAACGCUCGAGCACGGUGUCACGCACCAUGCAUCAGCGGUCGACGCUGAGGGUCGCAGACUGCUUUGCCAAGAAACUGGAUCUCGCGGUGGAGAGUGUGCCACGCUGGGCGGCGAGGCGAUUGCAAGUGAAGCGUUCACAGCUGGUACUGCCGAAGCGGCUCUGCCGAGCGCCGGCACAGAGCGGCCUGAGACUCGGCCUUCAGUGGCACGAGGGUAUGAAGAGGAAGUGUGGGACACUGACGCUCUCGCGGGGUGUGUCCCCUGGAGAACCUCCGUGGACACCAGUAGCGGUGGUCGCUGUUUAGGCUCUGCAGCGUCCACGUUCACGCCGGGGCCCGUGUGUGGACGAAAUUCUCUUCCAGUUCAUCUGGAUCAGUCGCUCGAGACGCACACUGACGAAGUCUGGGUGGUCGUAGCGUCGCCCGUGACAGCGACGUUCUUCGCUUCGGGGUCGAAGGACCGCAGUGUCGCCGUCUGGAGUGUACAGGCCAAAGAUCUGCGGCGCUCGCACCGAGCACGCUCACCUGUCCUCGGUGGGGAAGGUGGGGGGCGGGACGCUGAAGAUGCGAAGCUCUCUCUGUCGCAGAAGACAGAAACUGAAAAAGCCUCAUGCCACCGGCCUUACGCGCGCUCUACAACCUCGCACCUGCGCCCACCCGACUCUCGACAGCCGCGGCUUUAUUCCCUCCAGACGGCAGACCCAAGCAGUAGAGAAAGGAACAGCGAGGGGCGAGAUGCAACGCGACCGAACGUCGUGGCCUCUCGUUUUGACCAGGAAGAAGCUGAAACGGAGGUCGCUUGUGUCAUGCUUUGGCAAGCAUAUGGCCACGAAGAUGCAGUGGCCUACAUUGCCUGGUCUCCGGACGAAACGCUUCUCGCCUCAGGAGGUCAAGAUGGUUCUGUCUGUGUCUGGAAUCGAGAACAGGGACGCACGCCGCUAGCUAGAAUCAACGCGCAUGCACAAGCAGUUACAGCUGUCGGGUGGCUUAGAAACGGCAACUCCUUCGUCAGUGGCGGAAGCGAUAAGACGGUCGCGAUGUGCUCUCUGGUACACGGAGACGGUGCGAGCGGAGAGCGAGGCUGGCGCAUCACCUGCGACUUUACGUGGGAUCUCCGGUGUCGCGUUCAGGAUCUGGUAGUUCUUCGAGAUGGGUGCACUGUCGUCUGCGUCACCCAAGACAAACAACUGAGGCUUCUGGACACCAAGAAUCGAGUAGAAAUCCUCAGCAUUCCUUUCACGGAAGUAAUUUAUUCUGUCUGUGCAUCUGCAUUAUCCAAUCAAAUCCUAAUCAACUUCGCCGACGCACGUCCGGUUAUUCGCCUCUGGGAUACUGACGAACACCGCUCCGUGCAGAGAUACAGGGGACACAAGCAGGGUUGUUACGUUAUUAGGUCCACCUUUGGCGGCGUCAAUGAGGCCUUCGUUGUCAGCGGCUCUGAAGAUUCUCAGGUGUACAUAUGGCAUCGCUUCUAUGGGUCUCUUCUCUACGUUUUGAGCGGGCAUGCGUCUACGGUCAACGCUGUGGCUUGGCCCUACCUCAGCGGAGGCCUCUGGAUGAUCUCUGCAUCUGACGACCACGUAAUUCUCUUCUGGCACGUCCGGCGACAAAAUCGACCGUCCCGAUUGAAAGAGGACGAAAACGUUGUCGACGUAGGACUAAACGGCGGAAACGAACAAAAGCGUUCACAAUCACUAGGACGAGGUGACGGCGGCUGCAGUGUCGGCGAAGCGUACCCCGGAUCUCGGAACGACAGAGAGGCAUCCUUCACGACAGGCGUAACUGAAAGAGGCGGUGCGACGGAAGACAUGGAUACCUCGGCCGACUAAGCGGCAUAUCACCGGAGUAAAUCUGGAUAGCUGAGGAUAGUUAUUUUACGUGCCUCCUCUGAAUCAUAGGGUGCUAGAAGGGCGAAGAAACAAACCCCUCAAUGUUUUUAUGGAUUGCUUGCCGGCCCAAAAACUGGGAAAGAGUGUGCACCGUGUUGAAAAAUCUGGGACAAUUUUUGGCGUUGCCAGUCGGUGAGCGUCUUCUUUCCAUUGUGUGUCUCCGUGCCGUAAACUAGAUAAUGCGUUGAAUAGUCAGAUUUAUUGUUGUAGAAGGCACUGGUCCUUCAUGCCCAGCUGGACUGGGCAUCAAUCCCUAAAUACACAUUGUUGCUACCAAGAAAUUUUUUUUCCUUAACUCAAACACACACUCUCCUCGAUCAUUGUUAUCCUUUGAAUGUUUGAAAAGAAAUAACUGAAUACUGUAACGAAUGUGAAUGGUACUCAGCUGCUGGCGUGGUUAGAGAAACAGUGCUUUGAUCUGUAACAUCAGACUUGACGCAGACUUUGUUUCUCUUCAGCUCUUUUGCGGAUGCUGUCUGUGCCAAGUCUGUAACUAAAAAAGCAAUUGUUUCUGGCAGUGCGAAUCGUUGAAUAACAUUUGGACGGAUGCUGUUAUCAAUAACGCCUCUCCGGUUUUGCUUCAGUUACCAAGAACAUAGUUUAUGUAGAGUCCCUAAAAGCGGCUGACAAGGACUCAGGGACUUGCAUGAUCAGUACGUGUGUGUUCGGACUGACACACGUGAAUUCCUAAUUUUUCUUCGAGA